UUUCUACGCAUAUUAUUAAACAAAUGAAAUGUUAACCGACACAUUAAUUAUACUGUAUAUGUUUUGGCCUUAUGGUUAUGUUUUAAAAGUAGAACAAACUGCAAAACAUUUUUUUUAAUGUAACAAUCAAAGUCAAAAGUAUUUGCUUAGCCUACUUUAGAGAAGCUAGUCUUAAAUCUGAUAGAUUGAAAUCCAAACCCUUCGCUUUUUUAUUUUUCCGAUGCAGCAUAAUAUUUCUCACACAGAGAGUAUGUAACCACUUGACGACACUAUCACAGUUGCUUUGUUCACUCAGCAUGAUCAAUGAACUGUUUACUGUUCUACCGUAUUAUUCUGUGUAUCCUACACUAGCCCGCAGCAACAGCUUCUAUCGUAACGAGGGAUACCAACAAGCUUGACUCUGAUAGGAUAACGGGGCACCGUGAACAACCAAUAGGCAUGCAACGUGAUAACUGCUACGUUCUACAUACUGUACAUCAACAAAGAUUGCACAGUGGGAGGGUGGGAAGUAGCCACAUAAAGUUCUUCAUGGUCUGAAGCCGUAGAAAAAACCCUUAAAAAAGGGUUUGUAAGAUGUUUGCAGAAAUGGAUUUUGAUUUGACGGGUUCUCCCGUGAAGGACUUCAAAGCCCGGUUGCAAAAGUUUGUGGAGGAACGGAUGCAGACCACAAUGCUGACCGGUGUGCUCAUUGGUGCAGUGGUGGCAGUUUCACUGAUUGGGAUCGCUGUGCUCUUCCUCUACCGGAGAUACAAACUGGCGAGUGGGCAGACACCCGGAGCCCCUCGAUACCGUUUCCGAAAAAGAGAUAAGGUGAUGUUUUACGGAAGGAAGAUCAUGAGGAAGGUGCAGACUCUGUCCUCAACCCCAGGGUCAACCUCCAUGUCUAAGCAGCGUCCACGCAAAAGGCCCAAAGUCCUAAGCAUUGCCCGCAGGAUCCUGCGCAUCAAGAAGGAGCCCCCCACCCUGCAGCCUAAAGAGCCCCCUCCCUCUCUCCUGGAGGCUGACCUCACAGAGUUUGACGUACAGAACUCCAAUCUGCCCUCGGAGGUGCUGUACAUGCUCAAGAACGUCAGAGUCCUGGGUCACUUUGAGAAGCCGUUGUUCCUGGAGCUGUGCAGACACAUGGUGUUUGUUGAGCUGCAGGAGGGGGAAGGGCUUUUCCGCCCAGGUGAUGACGACGACAGCAUCUACGUCGUGCAGGACGGACGCCUCGAGCUGUGCAUCCAUGACAAUGAUGGCACGGAGGCAGUGGUAAAGGAUGUCCAUCCAGGAGACAGUGUGCACAGUUUGCUCAGCAUUCUGGACAUCAUCACUGGUUACCCAGCUCCGUAUAAGACGGUGUCAGCCCGGGCUGCUUCUCGCUCCACCAUCCUGCGUCUGCCAGCCUCCGCCUUCCAGGCUGUCUUCAAGAAGUACCCCGACACCCUUGUGCGGGUCAUACAGAUCAUCAUGGUGCGAUUGCAGAGGGUCACCUUCCUGGCACUGCACAACUACCUGGGCCUAACCACUGAGCUCUUCAAUCCAGAAAGACAGGCGGUCCCCCUGACGGCAGUGGCCAGUGUCCUUGCAGAAAGCAGUCCCGCCAGGUUGCCACGCCGACCACAUUUCCAGCCCUCUCAGGAUGACGAAAGUGUGGCAGGGUUGUCAGAGUCACAAUCAGACACAGAUUCAGGUAAAGCUGGAGGAGUGGGAGAUAACUCGAGCAACAGUCUUCGGAAGGGCCGCUCACUAUCCUCAGAAGGCACAGUGUCAGGGAAUGACUUGAACAUGGCCUACGAACGAGCUCGUGUGAACAUGGAGGAGGCCCCAUCAAGCCCAGUCAUUCAUAAGUCCAUCCUUAAGAAGAGCGUGACCAUGCAGCACACCCCGUCAGCCGUGUUCCACUACACAGACAGCAGCGGGUGCUCAGACGUCCACCCCAGCAAGGUGGGCGCUAUCUUCCAGGCGGCCAAGAAAGAUCUGCUAGGCAUCAUCCAGCUGCAGGAGCCAAGUCUGCUAGAAGGAAGGGUCACUCUGCAUCAGGUCAAAGCGGGGUCUGUGGUCGCACGUCAGGGAGACCAGGAUGUAAGUGUGCAGUUUGUCAUCUCGGGGGUGCUGCACGUGUACCAGCGCAUGAUUGACCGCGAGGAGGACACGUGCCUGUUCGUCACCCACCCGGGCGAACUGGUGGGGCAGCUCGCCGUGCUCACAGGGGAGCCCCUCAUCUUCACCGUCAGGGCGCACCGCGACUGCAGCUUCCUCUCGAUAUCCAAAACCCACUUCUAUGAGAUCAUGCGUGCUGUGCCCACCGUGGUGCUGAAUGUGGCUCACACAGUGGUGCGCCGGAUGUCCUCCUUCGUGCGGCAGAUCGACUUUGCCCUGGACUGGAUGGCCGUGGAGGCCGGACGAGCCGUUUACAGACAGGAUGAUAAGUCUGACAGCACGUUUAUCGUGUUGAGCGGGCGUCUGCGCUCCGUCAUCCUGAAGGAGGACGGCAAAAAGGAGCUGACGGGGGAGUACGGCCGCGGUGACCUCAUUGGCGUGGUAGAGGCCCUGACUCAUCAGAACAGAGCCACCACGGUGCAUGCUGUGCGGGACUCAGAGCUGGCCAAGCUACCAGAAGGAGCCCUGAGCUCCAUCAAGAGAAAGUUUCCUCAGGUAGUUACUCGCCUCAUCCAUCUAUUAGGGCAGAAGAUCCUUCAGCAAGUGAAUGGGCCCUUAUCAUCUCGCAGCCUGGCUCUGCACACGCCGGGGAGCAAGUGGGACGCUGGGAACCCGGCCUCCAACCUGUCCACGGUGACGGUGCUGCCGGUGUCUGAGGAGGUGCCACUCACUGCCUUCACUCUGGAGCUGCAGCAUGCCCUCAUCUCCAUUGGACCCACACUCCUGUUGACCAGUGACAUCAUCAAACAGCGCCUUGGGUCCGCAGCCCUGGACAGCGUCCAUGAGUACCGCCUGUCCAGCUGGCUGGGCCAGCAGGAGGACAUCCACCGCAUCGUGCUCUACCAGGCGGACUCCACCCUCACGCCCUGGACCCAGCGCUGCAUCCGCCAGGCCGACUGCAUCAUCAUCGUGGGCCUGGGGGAGCAGGAGCCCACCGUGGGAGAGCUGGAGCGGAUGCUGGAGGGCAGUGCCGUGCGGGCCCAGAAGCAGCUGGUGCUGCUGCACCGGGAGGACGGGCCUCCACCCAAGGGCACCGUGGAGUGGCUCAACAUGAGGAGCUGGAUCUCCAGACACCUGCACAUCUCCUGCCCGCGCCGUGUCUUCACCAAGAGAAGCCUGCCUAAGCUGAGAGAGAUGUACGAGCGUGUGUUCCAGAAGCCGGCAGACCGCCACUCCGAUUUCUCACGGCUGGCUCGUGUGCUCACAGGCAACGCCAUUGCACUGGUGCUGGGGGGAGGUGGGGCCAGGGGAUGCUCUCAGGUGGGUAUCCUCCGUGCCCUGAGUGAGGCGGGCAUCCCAGUGGACCUGGUGGGCGGCACGUCCAUCGGCUCAAUAUUGGGGGCGCUGUACGCUGAGGACCGCAGCCACAGCCGUAUGCGCAUACGGGCACGAGAGUGGGCCAUGGAAAUGACUUCCGUGUUCAAGAAAGUGCUGGACCUGACCUACCCCACCACCUCCAUGUUCUCCGGAGCCGCCUUCAACUCCAGCAUCAGCAACGUCUUCAAAGGCAAGCAGAUCGAGGAUCUGUGGAUCCCCUACUUCAACAUCACCACAGACAUCACCAACUCAACCAUGAGAGUGCACACGGACGGCUCUCUGUGGAGGUACGUGCGCGCCAGCAUGUCUCUGUCUGGCUAUCUGCCCCCGCUGUGUGACCCCAAAGACGGUCACUUGCUGAUGGAUGGCGGCUACAUCAACAACCUGCCAGCUGACGUGGCACGCUCAAUGGGGGCUAAGGUAGUGAUUGCCAUAGACGUGGGCAGCACGGAUGAGACCAACCUCACCAACUACGGGGAUGCACUCUCAGGGUGGUGGCUGCUAUGGAAACGCCUCAAUCCCCUUGCAGAGAAAGUCAAGGUGCUGAACAUGGGGGAGAUCCAGUCUCGGCUGGCGUACGUGUGCUGUGUGCGGCAGCUGGAGUCGGUGAAGAACAGCGACUACUGCGAGUACAUCCGUCCCCCCAUCGACCGCUACCGCACGCUGGAGUUUGGGAAAUUCGACGAGAUUGCUGAGGUGGGCUACCAGCAUGGGAAGACGGUGUUUGACGUGUGGUCCCGCAGUGGGGUGGUGGAGAACAUGAUGAAGGACCGGCACCAGGAGGAGUUCCACAAUACUAAGAGCAACAGCGUGGUCACCUGUCCUAAUGCCUCCUUCACUGACCUGGCGGAGAUUGUCUCGCGCAUCGAGCCUGUCAAAUCAACUCUGGUGGACGAGGAAUCCGACUACCACACUGACUAUGAGGAGGAGAUAGUGGAGAGCGCUCUCUCAGACCUGGAGCUCACUGGCCGCUACGGCGACCACACAGAAGAGGAACUUGCAGACACAGAUGAAGAGUUGGAGCCACUCCGCCAGCACCAGUCUGCGUCCCCUGUGGAGGACGUGGGGCCCUCCUCGGCCCUCCUCGGCCCCGGCGCCAACAUCUCCCCCAGCCUCCGGGCCAGGAAGGGCCACGGGUCCACACCAGCUAGUCCCUGACUAUACACUGUCUCUCUCUCUCUCUCUCACACACACACACACACACACACACACACACACACACACACACACACACACAACAGAAAACUUGCGCAUACUCAAAUAAGAAAACAUACUUGUAUGUAUGUUGUCAGGAAUACUUUCACCCUGAGCCUUAGACACACACACAGUGAGUCUUACUUAUUUGUUACUGUGUGCCUCUAUAUACCAGAUGUACCUGAGAAGACUUACACCUAUUAUGGCACAAUCAAGGGCAUACAACACAAACUGGAUCCACAUUCCUGUGCAGCUUCCUCAGUCCAAAUGAGAAGGGAAGCCUCAUUGCCUAUGCGAACCCCCUAACCUCGCUUCAUAGGCCAGUCCAGUCCAGUCAUGUGGGGCUCAGCAGGGGCUAGUGGCGUGUGGAUGUGGCGUGUGCCAGUGGCCAGUGCCAGUGGAGGAUGGUUUAAGCCACACUUUUACUCCGUUCAGAGUUAGUUAGGACGUGAUGCUUUCCAUACCGUUCUGUAUGAUAGGGUUAGGUAUAGAUGGAGUUUGUAUUUGUUUACUGGUUUGUUUAUUUGUUUGUUCAUUUUUUGAUCCAGUUUUUGAAGAAAUCAGAGUGUUGAUUUUCCCAAUCACCUAAUAAUUAUGGGAAAUAACAAAUCACUGACUAAUGCAACUAGAUAGUCCAGAAGAUGCCUUCUCAGAUUUUUUUUAUACAAAAGGCUUGAAUAUUUUUUAUGUAUGCAACAAAUAUAUGCAAAGACACAUGCAGUGGAGCUGGACAGUACAUUUCAGUGAACGGUCCAUAGAGCUGACUAAUGAAGAAUGAUUUCAUACCUCUAAUCUCUGACACACAGACACACACACUAACACACACAUACACAAUGUUCUCAUUUAUAAGCCUAUCAAUGCAACAAUUGUUUGACCAAGGAUACCAUGUGUACCUCGGGCCUCAGAAACAAUGCAAUCUAGCUAGCACAGAGAAGUGCCUUUGCAUUUACCCACUAACCGUGUUAACAAGUGAUAUUGCUCUUAACAUUGACGAAUCAUAGAUGUUUUAGGCGUCAGAUGUUUCACAUGUCCACCAUACAAUGAAAGGAUAAGAAAGCGUCCGAUUAUUAUGACAGACUAGAAGGCUUUUGAUGUGAACGAUAACGCGUCAGGCAUGUUGGUGAAUUGUCACGGAGCUUUGGCUAGCAAAACCAAAAAGAGUUUAGAAAGCCUGUUUGGAAAACUGCCAUGUGGCGUUGCCAAGAACAUUGUUUCAGUCCGCCCUUCAAUGCCUGUGUCCAAUCCAGCUCAGACCGAAUGCCUUUGUCCCUGCACAUUCAGGGAGUUUUGACUGUUUAGUGGUGACAUUUUUUACUGUGACAUCACUCUGGAGCAUCUCUGGACUUAAAUGAUCUACACACUGAGCAAACACUGUUCACUCCACUCUUGACCCCGUCUGGUCUAGGCACUGUGGUCUCAAAAGACUGCAGAAAAACUCCAUAAGUAUCGGUGGUCUGGAUACAAUCACUUUGAAAGGGCUUGAAAUAACAAUGUUGUGCAUUGGGGUUGUAAUCUUAACAGUUCCCGUUGUUAGGAAAUAAGGCAUGAUUGAUUGUUCAAGAAACGUAGCGUGAAUGCUGAACGCCAUGUAAAGUUUGUUUGGGAAGCACUUGAUGUAUAAAGGAGAAGGGUAAUUGAGUUGUAAAAAAUACGACAUAAUGUGGUGUUUUUUUAUUGUUUACUACCUAACAGUUGAAGGGCAAAAACCUUUCCCCUGUACAACAUUAUUUACUAAUAAACUAUAUGUUACAUAUG